CCGGAACUUACUCUCUGUUCAUUCACUGUUGUCUCUGUCAAAAGUUUCUUUUCCGUCGGUCCUCGUAAAUCGUAUCGGAGGUUAGAAAAUGACUCGCAAACGCCGUAAUGGAGGACGAGCCAAGCACGGCCGUGGGCACGUGAAGGCCGUGAGAUGCACAAAUUGCGCGCGUUGCGUACCAAAAGACAAGGCUAUCAAAAAGUUCGUGAUCAGAAACAUUGUUGAGGCUGCCGCUGUGAGAGACAUUAACGAAGCCUCCGUAUACGCUUCUUUCCAGCUCCCAAAACUCUACGCUAAGUUGCACUACUGUGUGUCAUGCGCAAUCCACAGCAAAGUGGUGCGCAACAGGUCUAAGAAGGACAGACGCAUCCGAACGCCGCCCAAGAGCAAUUUCCCCAGGGACAUGCAGCGGCCACAGAAUGUGCAGCGGAAGUAAUUUUAAUCAAUAAAAUUAUGUAAAAAAUCCACAA